AUGUCUUUAGAGCCGAAAUUUGGCAGCGGAGGCAAAAUCAGAGUGACUACUGGCUGCGUUACAUGCAGAAUUCGGCGAGUCAAAUGCGAUGAAGGACGGCCCCACUGCAAGAAAUGUACCAGUACCGGGCGUAAAUGUGAUGGCUACACUGGGGCGCCGUUGCCGCGAUCACGCUCGAAGAACCCAUCUCCCGAUCCAGGCAUGGCAUCCACCUCUCGCAAUUCACCUAGUCCACAUCCGACAAUCAAGUUGCCAGCUUUCGAUAACACGGAACAGCUACAAUCCUUUGAAUUCUUUAUCAACUGUACUUGCUCGAUAUCCCCAACCUAUUUUGGAGCCAACUUCUGGUCCUUCCGAGUCUUGCAAUUGAGUCUCUCAGAACCAGCAAUUAAAUACGCGCUGUGUUCUCUUAGUUUGCUACACCGUGGUAUCAAGAACAUCAACUCUCUCCAUGGAGAAGUGGACACGGCAGCAGCUGAGAGAUUUCGAGCAGAAUCGAGAAAGUUAUCUUUGCAUGAGUACAAUAACGCUGUCGCCCACACUCAAAGGCUACUUCAAGAAAGUUCCAAUGGCUCUGAGGAUGCUAUUAUCAAGGGUCUGGUGGCAUGCAUAUUGUUUGUCUGCUACGAAAACUUGCACCAAAAUUUCACCGUCGCUCAGAUGCAUCUGCAGAAUGGGCUCAAAAUACUGACGAGAUAUGCUUCGUCUACCAAUGUAAUUGAAAACACUCAACCUCAGAUUCCAUUGGAUAUCAUCCACACCAUCGAACGCUUGGAUCUGCAGGCAAUGUCCAUCGGCGACGCCACAAGUCCAUAUCCUUACCACUCCUGGCCAGGUAGUCUGGAAUUUCCGACCUUCGAGACACCCUCCUCUUCGCUUAGCGACGCAUUAGCUUCUCUAAUCACAUUGACUCGCUGGUUCUUUGCCUUAGCCAACUAUGCAGUGCCCAAUUUACUGGCACAGAGCGACCUCGACAAAGCGGCGAUGAUUUUGUUCGAACGAAGAGUCGAUCUACAGCGAAUCAUAGACUCGCUUAAUCUACCAGAAGCUACGAAACAGGAGAAGACUAUGCUUCUGAUCAAGAUGUACCACAACAUGCUCGAAAUCUUGAUAGGCACACGAUGUUUCGGCUUUGAAAUGCUGCACGAUGAUUUUACUUUGCAGUACGAACACCUCGUGGAACUCGGCCUACAAAUACUCGCUCUUGAGAAAGGAACUGUGGACCAACCAUUCUUUUCUCUAGAAAUGGGUAUCAUCUUCCCGCUCUUCUACACCGCUAUCAAAUGUCGUGAUCCUUGGAUUCGGCGAAAAGCCAUCGAUCUUCUGGUAAACAUGAACCACCAAGAGGGCUCUUGGGAAAGUUCUGGAGCUGCGAAAUAUGCUACUUUUGUGAUGAACGUUGAAGAAGAUGGAUUGAAGCCUUGCUGGUCGAUUAUGAGAAGAGGAGGAUUGAUGUGA